AUGGCGACACAAGACAUCUCCGCGCACGCGACGGAACCUCAGCCGGUGCCCAAAGAAGAAAUCCAGGAAGAAUCACAAUCGCACUUGGAUGAAGGGAAGCUGAAACAGUUCUUUAUUGGAUCCAUAGAUCAAGGAACUACGAGUACUCGCUUUAUCAUCUUCGAUGGUCUCGGUGAACCCGUAGCCCAACAUCAGAUUGAAUUCACCCAAAAGUAUCCUCAAUCAGGAUGGCAUGAACACGAUCCAUGGGAAAUUAUUGACACCGUGGAACAAUGCAUCGACAGGGCUACAAACAUUUUCUUGGACAAUGGCCACAAUAUCGAGGACAUCAAGGCUAUUGGUAUCACCAACCAGCGUGAGACCACAGUGGUGUGGGACACUACCACUGGCCUGCCUAUUUGCAACGCAAUCGCUUGGCCAGAUACCAGGACUAAGGGGUUAGUGCGUGAGCUGAAGGAUCGAAAGGGUGCUGAUGAGUUGUUGAAUUUGACCGGUCUUCCUCUUUCAACCUACCCGUCAUCGGUCAAACUGCGCUGGCUGCUCGAUCAUGACGAAAACGUCAGGAGUGCGUACGAAGAAAAAAGACUUUCGUUCGGCACCAUCGAUUCUUGGAUAUUAUACAACCUGAACGGUGGAAAGGAUGGCGGAAUUCACGUAACAGAUUCAACUAAUGCAUCAAGAACCAUGUUCGUCAAUCUGCACACCGUUCAAUACGAUGACAAGCUUCUGGACUUUUUCGGAAUCGAUCGCACCAAGGUAAAAUUACCAAAAAUCGUCCCGUCUUCAUCGCCAGACGAAUUUGGGUACAUAAGAACCGGUAUACUGGAAGGUGUACGGAUUGCGGGGUGUCUCGGUGAUCAAUCUUCGGCUCUAGUUGGUCAACAAGGGUUCACGCCUGGUUCAGCAAAGAAUACGUACGGCACGGGCUGUUUCCUGCUGUACAAUGUUGGCGAAAAGCCUGUUAUCUCCUCGCACGGCCUUCUGGCCACCGUGGCGUAUGAUUUUGGUGGGAAACGGAAGCCAGUGUAUGCACUCGAAGGUAGCAUCGCCGUGGCGGGCAGUGGCGUCAAGUUUCUCAUGAACAAUAUGGGCUUCAUUACACAUUCGCACAAGAUUAGCGACUUGGCAGCCUCUGUCGAAGACAAUGGUGGAUGCGUCUUUGUCACGGCUUUCAGUGGUCUUUUUGCACCUUACUGGAUCGACGAUGCAAAAGGCACCAUAUUCGGGAUCACUCAAUUCACAGAGCGGGGCCACAUCGCUCGCGCAACCCUUGAGGCAACGUGUUUCCAGACAAGGGCAAUUCUCGACGCCAUGGAACUAGACAGUGGUCACAAGCUCAAUAUGCUUGCAGUUGACGGUGGAAUGAGUAAUUCUAAUUUGUGUAUGCAGACUCAGGCAAAUAUCAUUGGCAUUCCUGUAGAUCGUCCGGCAAUGCGCGAAACUACUGCGUUAGGUGCCGCCAUCGCAGCUGGAUUUGCUGUUGGCGUAUGGAAAGAAUUUGAAGAGCUGAAGGAAAUCAAUCAGAAAGAUCGCAUGAUUUUUAAACCAAACGUGGACAAAGAGGUCGGUGAGAAGAUGUUCAAGAAAUGGGGACGGGCUGUCGAGAUGUGCCGCGGCUGGUUAGAUGCUGGUGAAGCUAAUGGAGAAUUCUCAUAA